CGGGCACUGAUUUCUCACAGACUGAGUCCUCUGACGGAAACGUAGUAACCGGGGAGUACCGGGUUCUCUUGCCCGACGGGAGGACACAGAUCGUCACUUACACCGCCGAUCAUGAGAACGGUUUUGUUGCAGAUGUUAGGUAUGAGGGUGAAGCUCAGUACCCUCAGGGAAGUAAUGGCGGUGGAUACGGGGGGCAGCAGGACAGUGGAUACGGGGGGCAGCAGGACAGUGGAUACGGGGGGCAGCAGCAGUGGAUAUAGUGGAUACGGAAGGCAGCAGGACAAUAAUACUGGGUUUGGGGGACAACAGAAUGGAGGUAACAGUUACGGAGGACAACAGGGAAAUAAUAAUGGAUUUGGUGGGCAGCAGAGCGACAACGGUGGAUAUGGAGGACAACAAAAUAAUAACGGGUAUGGAGGUCAGGAAAAUAACGGUGGCAACAGCGGCUAUGGAGGACAACAGAAUACGGGUGGAAGCAUCUUCGGUGGCAGCACGGGUCAGGCCUCAGGGUAUGGCAGGAAGAAAUAGCAAUGAUUCUAGUAAAUUGAUGAUACAGAAAAGAUAUUAGACUUGAAAAUUCAGGUGCUUUCUAUUUACAAUCGAUUUAUUUAUGUGUCAUUACUAUAAUUUACUUACUAUAUUUUUUAAGCCAAAAUCCGUCAGUUGUCUCAUAAAGUGUGAAAUGAGUGUUGUAGGUGUGUUUCUGUGUGAUGUAAAGCCAAUAGAUAUAGUGCCAAUUAGUUAGUAGAUAUGUUUAGUGAAAGACCUUGCCAUCGCUUUAAGGCAAAAAUAGUUCACAAUAUCUGUUGCAUUAAAAUCCUUGUGAAUGUCCUUUCAUGUUCAUAAGGAGCCGAUGGAACAGGUUUUGUCUCUGAGGUGAAUACUUGAAAUGGAGUUUUUAUUUUCGUGCAGAUUUACAUGCCUGUAGUAAUAUAUUUAUAGCAACAGAAUUAUAUUAGUAUAAAAAUCUACAUUAUUUUUGUAAAAGAAAAUCAAGCAAAAUAUAUGAUAUGCAUUUA